AUGGACUCGGACAUCUUCGUUGCCCUCGCAAAGACAGGGUAUGCAUUUGACGUUGUGUCGGACCUGGCCAUGGCCACUAUCUCGACCCUCCUGCUGUGGAGUCCUGAGAUGGCCGUCAAGUCGAAGAUCAUGACGGGUGUGGCUCUAGGCUUCGGUAUCAUCACAGGCAAGAUCGUCAUGUGGACCGUCAUUGAGUGCAGCUUGGGGAUCAUCGCCGGCUCGAUACCCAUGCUGAAGUUCACUCGCAAAAGAAAAGUGCAUGAGGACAAGAUGGAGGAAUUUGAAAUGAACAAGAGCGACGCCGACUUCAGGAGAGCAGUCACAGAAGCAGCAGGGACUGCGCACCAAGACCGUGGUGCACCGAGGUCCUCUUGA